GACAAAAUAUGUGGACGAUGGAUUGUUAUAAUGUUUUGUUGCAAAUACGAAACGGGCGCGAAAUUGGGGACACAUACGGAUAAUCGUCCGGAUAACUUAGUGCACGGCGUUCAAAAAGUUGAAUAAUUCGCCACCCCAGUAGGGCACCGGCGGCAGUACAAAGCGGCGGCGGCACCUGCGGACGGACGCAUUGGACAUUCGUUUCGCAACGAACAUGCAAAGAGAUGCAGAUCAGGACGACGACGCCAUGUCGCGUACCGUGGAUGACGCAACAACCGAUGAUGUGAACAUGGAAACAGCGUCGUCACCUACACCAGGCAAAACGGACGGCGGAGAUGCGGUAGGCAACCCGCACGUGAAAAAGCGGCAACGGACAUCGCAAGCGACGCUUGAAAACGACGCCCCACCACCACCACCAGCUGCACGGGACAAAUCGAACUUUCUCAGCACGGACACGCAGAAAGCCAAGGUGAAGAAGCGCGGGUUCUCCAUCGCCCAUGAAUUCGAGCGCGAGAUCAACGUCGCUCAGCCGCCCACUUCGUUGCAACAAUCCCAGUCACCCGAUCGUCGCUCUGUGAGUCCCGUACCGCCGCCUCUGGCGCAUCGAGGAGGGAACGACGUUGACUUUUUCCCACCAGCCCCCAGUCUCUUCUCUUCCCCCAAGCCACCCACGCCCGAGACAGGCGCUGCCCGCAAACCCAAACGCAGCACCGCGACCGCCACUCAUCGACGGGACACGAUAUCUCCAGGUCGCGCCGUCCCCAUGCCUCAAUCCGAGCUACCCGGCGACAACAGCAGCAGCAGACGGGACACUCUCUCCCCCGACGGUUUCCGCCGCAUCGAAAGCCUCGUAGAAGACGAAGAAUCAUCACAAGAGCGUGCAGGACACAAGGAACUCGAAGAAGAAGAAAAGACAGAAGAAGGAAAGGACAGCAGUCAUCGACACGAUGAUUCACCCACACAUGCUGCGACUCCACACCCGAUCGAGACGAGGAGGUUGCCGACAUCGCCGAAAUCGAGCAAUAACGACAAUGACGACGACGUCGUAGCUCACUCAUCCCCUCCCCAUGCAACCACCGUCGCGAGCGUCCGCGGAGCUGCUGCCGCCGCUGAAAAAAACGAUAUGGCGGCGCGUCGAUCCACGUUAGAUCCAAGUGAACUGGCGGGUAUGUUUGGCAGCAGCGACCUCGCCACUUCGCACGACAUGGCGGCGUCGGGGCGACGAGAUACCCUCGAUCCGUUGGAAGCCCUGGCAGUGUUGGAAGGAAUGUCGACACUUGAAGGAGGUGAACACGAAGGGCAACAGCACAAGAAGAAGAAACUCGCGCAAGAGUUGGCGCUGGACUCUCAUGCAACAAUAGGACCAACGAACCAACAUGGUACCAGCAACAAAGAUAAUGCCAGCAGAAGGGAUACGCUCAACCCGUCGGAUCUGAUGCACCUCGACAGUGACGACGAUGAUGAUCACCUCGUGCUCAGUUCGUUUCAAUCGGAACGCUCGGACGGUCAAGUGACGAGUACUUCGUCCCCACCAUCGAUUUUGGAGGCGAUUGGUAAGCCAACGAGUCCACCGCGUACAAAAAAUGACACCAUCUCUGCUGAUCCCAGCCGUGACCGACGUCGCCGCCGGUCGACGCAAGCGCCAACACCCUCGUCGUCGUCACUGGGUCCAUCGACAAGAAAGAACUCGACGCACGAAACCAAACGUGUGGUCACCAAGCCAGGCCCCCACCCGUCGUUGUUUUCUCCCCCUAAUCGUCACAACCACCCGACGCCGUUGAAAAGCUGUUUGAGCGCGCGAAAAGCCCAACCGCCGCCGUCAUCAUCGCCCACCCCGACCAAGUCGGUCGUGUUUGGGUCCCCCCGCGGCGCCGAAUUCCGCCGCAACGACCCGCCGACGUCCAUGACGCCCAUGUGUGUGCUCCAGACCAGGGAAAUGUUUCCACUGGACAAGAUCGACAGCGAUGACGACGACGACGUCACGUCCGAGAACACGAGCAUUCUGGACGAGGCCGACCACUUUUUGGACAAAGAAGAAGAGAACCACAGCCUAUCGUUUCCAUUUGGAAGCAUCCGAAGCCCCACGAGGAAACGUAAUAAAGCAGCCCCCAACAAUGUCGUGGGUGUGAGUCCGCUCGACAACAUUGCCGACGCCCGACGAAAGCGACGGGCGUCGUUCGGGGCUCGCCAACAGCAGUCGGCAUCGCUAGUUACCCAGCAGCAGCAGCAGCCGUCCCGCCGCCAGUCGCUCUUGGGGGUCAACGUCAUGCAAAACAACGACGCGCUUGUGAUCGUGGGCAGUGCCAAGAAACCUCGUCCAGCAACAUCGACAAUGGUCGAUUCAUCUUCGGACGAUGAUAUGGACAUUACAGGCGACUUUACAGCCCAGAAUCAUCCAUCCUCUGUACAACUGUCGAACGGAUUGGGGGACUUGUGGAAUGAAACUAACUAUACACCGCCCAAGGUCACUGCCAACAACGGCCACAGCUCCGACGAGGAUGACGACCAGACGUUGGAGCUGGGACCUAUCGGGCAUCUCCAAGGCGACGCGAGUGUGUUUAAUAACACCACGACCAAAACGUUGUCACAAGACACAACUGUAUCGCAUUUCAAAGGGCUGCUGCAUCCGAUUGCUGAAGGCGAGGAAGCCACGUCCACGCGAAGCAGUCUGUUGAGCCAUCUCAGUCUGAGCAGCGACGAAGAUGAUGAUGACGCCAAGUACGUGGCCCAGCGAGAAUCGGUCGUGAUCAACUUGGGCGAAAAAUUUGACAAGUUGGGCGGGUCGAGCGGCAAGAAGAACAAGCUCAAACACGAACCCAUGUCGUUAUCACCACGGCAUUUAGAGGACCAACCUCGACCCACCAUAUCAUCCACUGUAUCAACCACCACGUCAGUCUCGUUGGAGAACGCGUCGAGGACUCCCGUUCCUACUCCCAACCCUCCCCACGGCGACAAAUCAACAGCGUUUAUCCCUUCAGACUCCUCCCACGUCGUGGACGACGACAUUUCACCCGAUCCGUCCGCGCAGGUCGUUGUCCUGGCACCAUCUUCGCCACAACAAUCCGCACCCCACCAGCCCACAACGGAGCAACUGUCCACCAAGGUGACCCCCCUCGAUUUCGAUACACCCGCAGCACAACAAGAUGCACCACGCCUUGCUUUACACCCACCCACGAUAACUACAGCCACGUUUGCCGACCUCGUUGCCGCCUUGACGCUGACCUCCGUGGACGAUGCGAUUGAACGCCAAGUCGCGGAAUGCGCCGACUUGUUGGCGGUGUCCGCCGUACUCCCGCAAACCACGACGCGGUGGUCGCAAGCAGUUGACCAACUGUCGACAUGGGUAGCCGAGAUGGCCGUGGAGCGUCGACUGAACGAGGCCAAGCUCGUGCCUUCCUACUUGGCGGCGUUGCUGCAGACGACAAAUGAAUUUCCCCACGACCUCGUCGUAGAACUCUACCAUGCGAAUGUAUCUUCGGUGCUGUCCGAGUGGUUUGCAUGGCGUCGGCGGCUCGAAGCAGCGUCGAUGGCAGUUUGGAACGGCGGCGCGGGGUUGCAAGCCGAGUAUCAGGGGCUGCAGCAGCGGCUGGCGUCGGUUGGGCGUGACGAAGCGCAGGAACGAGCGGCGGUCCACCAGUUGAUGGCCAAAGCGCGCAGUAUGGACCGGUCCCUAGCGUCGAUUCAAGAGCAGCAGACGAUUCGAGCCGAAGUAUCAGCCCGUCUCCACCGCCUUGACAAGCAACUGAGCCAGCUACAAAGUACCUUGGCCAAACACACCCAGGACGCGGCACUCCAUCGCAUCGAAACCACCGACGCCGUCGUGUCGGAUACUCACAUGCACGACAGGAUACACGCAGUUCAAGCGCAUGACGAACUGUUCCAGAUCGCGUCGAAACUGGCCAAGUGGACGUACACGAGCAUGUCGCCGACUCAGUGGGAGCUUCGCAUGAUGCUCACGUCGUUGCACUCGGACAUGUCCAUCAUCGUGUCACUUGACGUGGACGUUUCCAAGGCGACGUGCCAAGUCCAAGUAGUGCUGCCGCCGCGGAAGCAAAACAAGCAGCACUCUGUGUUUGAUGACGUGGCAGCGCUGGUUUGUGCGGCACUACUCGACCCCGUGCGCCUCCAGCAAGCGGGCGAUGCGACUGUCCGCCAGGUAUCGGACGUCCCCGCCUUUGUCCAGUGGGUCCAACUCGACGUCCAGCGAUCUGUGCGCCUAUGGCGAGACAUGGAAACCCUCGUAUUACAGCAUGCUAUCACAACUGACGUAGCAUCCAAACAGCUCUGGAUUGCGUUCGUGUCGUUUCAAAGUCUGGUCAAAGUGCGCGUGGGCCUGCCGUUGUCGACGCACUUUUGCUUUCGUCGAUGGACAGCACCACCUGUUGUGGUUGUCGAGUUUGGCAAGGCCAAGGUGGAUGUCGUCGAGUUGGUGCGGCGGAUUGAGGGGGUACCAAGGGGGUUUCGUCGGCUGCAUGCUAUUUGCACUUGUGUCACCACGUACAUCGAGUCAUUGGAAUAAACCCUACCUGACUGCGAUGUAUCGUCGUUGCCGUCACCGAAAAAGGUGAAAAGAGGAGUAUGUUAUAGUAGUACUCCAGCGGUUUUAGCAUUAGAAUUAGUCACAACCUUGUGAAUGUUUAUAACACGUGGCCACACUCACCACAGUACUUUCUUGUCUUCGUGUUACUAUUAUAAUAGAGAGUUUUCGG